UAUAAGAAUACAAAGAUUAUUACAAGUAGUGUUAAUUAAGUAGGUCUUUUCUAGCUAUCACAUUAGUUUCAACAAGUGUGUUAAAAAUAAUUAAAGUUUCGACUCACUUGGUAAGGUUUUUAGGUUUGAGAUUCAAAUCUUGCCAAGUUAGGAUGUUUGGGAGUAAUGAAUUCCUACGCUUCUAAUAUUAAAUACUGAAUCAAAAAAUUAUAUAAGUAUUAAGAGAUUUAAGGUCUGCUUACCAAUUUAAAAAGUUCAACAUGCGUGUUGAUAUAUAGUAGUAACCAAAUACAUUGACUAUCAUUGUAUGUUGGGUGUGCAUGCAUAGUUAAUUAUAAUUAUCAUCUCAAAUGACAUACAUUCAUUGCAUUAUCUAUAAUCCUUUGAUUAAUUAUUUUAUGAUUAGAUAGGUAUUUUAUUUUAUUUUAUUAAAUGCAAUGUAUUCCACGUAAGUAAUAAGUACAACUAGUAUAAACACCCUAAUUUGAGUUGAAUACUUUGAUACCAUUCUUUUCUACCUCUAUAACAAAGAAAAACAUCCUCCAUAUUAUUGUACGUUAUUAUCAUUCAUCAUCAAUCAAAAAUGGCAAGCUCAUCUUCUACUCAACAAAACCCACGUCAUCAUCUCCUCAACCACCUUUACGGCGGCCCCACACCCACUUCAGCUCCACCACCAACACCCUCAACCCAACCACCUUCUCUCUCCUCCACGUCAUCAGACUCCGCCGCAGCUGACACCCUCUCCCGCCUUCUCCACCGCCUCCCUCCUAACCUCUCUCUCCCCACUCGUCUCUCUCCACGUGGCGCUGCCAAGUCAUCUUCAUCAGAAUCAUCACCUCAACAACAACAACCUCUCCCUACACUUUCUCUCUCCUCCACAUCGUUUAGUAGUCGUAGUUCGUUUGAACUCGGCUACUUCCAGCUCACCCACGACUCCAUCACCCCUCAACUUGCGGAGUCCGCUGAGUCGGACUCCCGCUCACUCUUCGAGCUACCACUCGAUGUUAAACUUAGCUCCGUCCCUACUGACUGGCCUCUCGGCUUCAACAACGACGAUGACGACGAUGAUCAUAAAACGGGGUCGUUUUGCUUGGAUGCUGAGUGUUCUACUACUAAUACUGAGUUGAGUUUAGGAAGUUUGAGAGAGCUGACUAUUGAGUUGGAGAAGGUUGGGUUGGAGGUGGUGGAGAAGGUAGCGAGUGCAGUUGGGCUUGAGAACCCGUUUAGAGAUGGUGAGGAGGUUGGCCAAAAGCCCAAGCCCAAUCCCAGGCCCAAGCAAUACAGUACGUUGAUGUGGGUAUCAUCAACAAGAUCGGACGGUGAGAAAGGGAGGGAGGUAUACCCGUAUGUGGUGGGGUUGCUGUACCAGAUAAGAGCAAGGAAGUUGGAUUUGUUGUCGGAUUCUGGUUCGGUCAUUGUGGAGCCGAUGGUUGGCUCUGUAUUGGUUACACUUGGUGACAUUGCUCAGGUUUGGAGCAAUGGAAAGCUAAAGAAAGUGAGAGGAAGACCGGCUCCGGUUUUGGAUGAUGCAAACUCAAGCUUACCCUGCAUAUCAAUGACAGUGCUACUCACCCUUCCUCUUGAGAGCACUGUCUCACCCUUUUUGAACAUCCUUAACAAGUCCAUGGACCACAACAACCGCGAAAAGGAAACAUUUGAACCACAAUAUCAAGAUAAUAAGGAAGGUGACAACAAUGAUAAUGAUCUUCAAAGCAUUGAGCCUAGUAUUGUUAGUACCAAUGAUGGUAAUAUCGAUGAUGGUAAAGAGGAUAAGAGGGUUUUUAACUCGUUUUCUUUCGAGGAUUAUGCUUGGAGAGUUUACCAUGAACGACUUCACUUUAAGGAUCCUCUUGAUAGAUAUCGCGUUAUUGAUUGAUUCAACCUACAUUGUUGGAUUUGUCUUGCAAUUUUUUUUAAUUAGACUAUUCGGAUUGUUUUGUUCUUUUGAUGGAAAUAGGUAUGGUACUAGAGGAAGGUAUUCAACUAUUUUUAUUUGGGGAAAUUGGUUGUUUGAUGAUUCUAUAUGGUACUACUUGUACCAAUAUGAGAUGAGUUUGAAUUUUAAGCAUUUAUAAGCUGUUUUUUUUUGGUGAUAUAACCAACUAGCAGAUCAUAUUGUAUUGAUA